AUGAAUGUCCCAAACCUGAUAUCUCAUCCAAGACAAACAUAUGAUUUACUCAACCUCAAGACUAAACUAUCAUUCUUUGCCAUCAUUGAUUUUGUUAUUGUUGCAGUCAUCAUUUGUCGUGUUUUGACAAUCAUGCUAUUCUCUCAACUCCAAAGCUAUACAGUCAUGGUUCUCCACAAAAGCUUCCUUUAUCGACAUGACGACCAAAACAUACAUGCGAUUCACCCAGCCACAAAGGUAUACCGUCAUCCUUUGCCAUCAUUGAUUUUGUUAUUGUUGCAGUCGUCUUUUGACAAUGAUGCUAUUCUCUCAACUCCAAAGCUAUACAGUCAUGGUUCUCCACAAAAGCUUCCUUUAUCGACAUGA